UCCAAUGAAAGAACGAUCGGUGUUUGUUGUUAAUCUACGAGGAUGAACGACAAAAUACUACUUUGAUCUCACCCUUAAGAAUUAUCAUUUUUUAUCAUAUUGAAGAAUUGAAUGAACGACUUUUAAUUUAGUUGUCUAUAGUUUGAAACUGAUAAAUUGGCACUGGCAGCUGGAAACGAAGACCUGCAAUCGGAAAACGUCAUCGGUCAUGGCAGCACCCACAUUCUGGUGAAAUGAUAAGUGAUAUUCAGCUGUGUAGACUACAAGACAGGACUCGCUGUAUUUUGUUUGAAACACGUGCAUUAACCGUUGAAAUGAUAUACGUUUGCUUGUAGGCCAGUAGCUCAACAUGGCAGCGAACUUGUUUAUCAUUGUGAAGACAGAAGACGACGAGGAGCGGCCGUGUACAGACAUUUGUCAUGAACAAGAGACAUUGAAGAGAAUGAAGUGAUUUGGCAGAGACGUUCAACUCAGGUGAAUGAAAUAUUCUCAAAGGUGAUGACCAAGAAAUACAGAUUACAAAAACACAUAAAAUGCAAGAAAAUAGGAUUACAUGUGGAUGUUGGGUCAGGACUGAAACAGAAACUGGAUUUGCAGUUACUUACCAACGGAGUAAUGAACGAGAUAACAGAUUUUGCCAAAGAACUGUCUACUAAUUCUCAAAAACACUACAUCGCUGAAAUUCUGGAGUACAAUUUUGAUAUUAGCUUUGAAAACAGUAAACAAAAAGGUGAAUUUGCGUAUCAAACUUGGCAGAGAGUGGUUGAAUUGCAGAAACGUCAAGCACAGAAACCUUUUAAAUUAUCUAUACUUAAUCAACCAUGGAUGCUCAGAAUAAAACCACAUAACAUGGUUCCAAACACAUCCAGUCAGACAGACCCUCUUAGAGAUUCUGGAAUCAUCACCUCAGAGCAUCUGGGAUAUGCUGAAAUCUGUUCUGAAAGUGAGUCUGACAUGAUGGCAAACCAGGACAUCAAGAGGGAGACAUUCUAUACUGGGUUAGAGGAGACCAGUGCAGACCUCUACCCUCUGUGUCAGGAAAUUGGUCUGGACCUUGAUGUGACCAAUAGGCCUACGGGUUGGUCAAAAGAGAAACUUGACAUGGAUGUUUUGACCAAAGGGGUUAUGAUUGAAGUGGCUAAAUAUACAAAAACACUGUGUGGGACAUACAAGCAGAUAGUCCUUGACAUCUUGGAACACAAUUUUGAUCUUGAUUUGCAAACUGUGAACUCUGAGCUCUUUAAAACAGUUCUCUUCAAUAUAGGAAUGUUGAAGCAACUGAGGAAAAAGAAACAAAGUCAACCAUGGUAUGAUACAGUCUUCUCAAUGCAAAGACCUAGACAUGUGCUCAAGUUUGCCUCAGCUGUAUCUAAAAGUGUUUCUAGAAGGCAGUCGGAUCGACUGAAAAUGAGACAGCUGUGUGCUGCUGUUGAUAUAGAAGAGUUGAAGAAAAAGCUGAGUGGUGAGGCACAGUAUGAAACGGCCGUCUCAUUGCAAAGACCUAGAAAGAGGGAUCAUAAAUUGGCACCAGCUUUUUCUAGAAGGAAGUCAGAACGACUGAAAAGGAGACAACUGUCUGCAGCCGACGGUCAUAAAAAGAAAAGGAAGAAAGGAACUCAACAUGAAAGAACGUCUGACCAGACCUGUGAGAUGAGCAGCUUUGAAAGGACUGACCCAUAUAUCUAUGAAACUGCAGAUGUGGACCAAAUGGAUGACCUAGGCUACAUGUGGUCACUGGAGAACCCUGGUCUUGAACCUUCACUUACAGUCCUGUCUGCUGCUGGUGGUGGACACGUGUCCUCUCCUGCCCCUCCCCUAACGUCAUCCUAUGACACUCACACUGCCUUGUGUGCUGAAGAAGUGAAGCUGGAAGACAAUAACAAUAUGAGGGCAAAGCUUGAUUACUAUCCAUUUUGUGAACAAUCAGGCAUAGACCUUAAUGUAUAUUCAAAAUUGGAAUCCAAAGAAAAACAUGACUUACAGUUUCUGACGAAUGGUGUGAUGUAUGAGAUUCAUAGAUAUGUUAAUAGAAACAGGAAUGGUUUGUCCUAUUCACACUUUCUAUAUGACAUCUUGGAUUACAACUUUAGAAUGAGUUUCACUUUCCACGAUUACUGUUACAAUAAUUUUCCCCUACGAUGUACGCCGCGUGUAAAGCAACUGGCGAAAAAAUAUCCAAGUGCCUUUGUCAGAAACCCACAUUAUGCCGAUUGCGUGUUUGUGCUACACUCUGAAAAGAUGACAGAAAAAAAUGAAACCAAGGACAGUUACUCAACUGCAAGAACGCCUGAGAGACAUUUCGAGAGGGCAGACCUGUGAAUUGAGCAACUUUGAAAGGAUGAACGCUAAUUCUGAUGAAACAAAGUUUGCUGAAGCAAAAGUUUGAAAUAAUGUCACACAAUCCAUGGUAAUAAUUUAUUUGAUUCCACAGAAGACAGGACUGUGGAGAUCCAUGUCAGUGGUCAUGCCAUGAGGACAAGGAACCAAAAAUGUGCCUUUAAACCUCAGUAUGCAAAAGGAACAGGAAGGAAAAUGUGAAGACUAUUGUUCACCAGGUUGAGAAUUGUCGAGAAUAUUUGUUUGCCUAAUCAUUUGUGCCAUUUUUCCAGCUAACUUUUUUGUCAUGAUCAUAACCACAUUCUUAGGGCAAGGAGUUAUAUUCUCACCUGGUAUUAAAAUCUUAGUUUGCGAAGAUAUGCCAUGUAAAGUCUGACUACCUACUGUAAUUGUUGUUUGAUAUUGCAGACUAGAAACUGAGAAUUAUGUAGAAAUAAGGCAUUUUUUUAUUGAUUUGUUUUGAUUUGUCAUACAUUUACAUUGUUAGAAGCUUUGCCCUUGUUUUUUCUCUGCGUUGCAGGGUUUAAAUGCAUGAACAUUAACAUAAGAAGAAGAUGAUAUUACCUCUCUUCACUUGUAAAUGUUUCCCUGAACAUUUUGGGGGUUGGCAAAGAUUACAAGUUUAUAUCUUGGUGUUACUGUUUUCUAGAAAAACUUGAAAUCAAAGUUUUUUGUCAGUGACGGGAAGACCUUAGUUGUAGAGAAAGUUUUUAUUAAUUUCUGUUUCUCUCAUUGGUCAAUGGCCAGAUAAGUUUCAAAGCAAUAUUGCAUCCAGCCUUUAGGUGGUGGUAUGGUAUUAGCCUUAGUCGCUACUGCAACAGGGACACCAUCACAGGGCUUGCAUUGAGUUAUCGCUGACAUGCUAAGAAUUUUGCAAGCCAGAAACCUUUUUUUUUUUAAUUUGUAAUAAACGGUCAACCUAUACAUCCCUGCUUGUCUUUUUGUGCAUAAAAUGUGUAUACAUCUGAAAUUUACCUUGGGUGGGAAUUUUCUACUGUAUGU